UCACAGAAUCGACACUAUACUUUGGAUGCAAAUCAGAUGAUAACUUAGCAUAUGGUAGUAACUCUUAUAUCCAAAGAUCUUAAGAUCCAACAGCCCAUCAUGUUCAAAAUUUAAAAAAAAAAAAAGAAGCCCAUUUGGAUUUUGGAUAGGAGGAAAUGGCACAAACAAAUAGCCUCUAGCGUAGGUAUACUAAACCUUUUCUUUAGUCUACGAGAGUUUACUCAUAAUUCAUUUUCGACAAGAUUGGUUGGAGACCCUUUGGCCAGCCAUGGAAGCAUCAGCAAAGACGGAUGAUGCAGGACUAGCGACGGACCCCAACGUUGGACCACCAGAGUACACCAGCAGCAACGUCAAGAAAGCCAGGCUGCACUCCACACUAGCAGCCCUUCUCGACGAUCCCGUGCUGGCCGAUGUGCCCAAGAAGCCAACGCUGUCCGAUGUCGACACUCUCAUCAGCUUGGAACUCGGCAGUGCCAUGCGCAUUUCCGUCCUUAAAUUGGACGGGACUAGCUUCGAUGUGCCGUUAGUGAACUCUGCAACAGUGAAGGACUUGAAGUUGGCUAUUCAGAAAAAAACCAAUGAGAUAGAACAGUCUAGGAUGGGCCAUCGUCACAUAUCUUGGAAGCAUGUAUGGGAAAAUUUUUGUCUUUCAUGUCACAAUGACAAGCUGCUGGAUGACAAUGCUUUACUCCAAAGCUAUGGCAUCGGGAACAACUCUCAGGUGCGAUUUAUUUCCUACAUUAUGUCGAAAGCUUCUAAGACGCAUUCCAGGAGGAGAAAGCACCGGUUCAUGCAUAGUCUUAAGAAAAGCACACAACCAGUAGCCAUCUCUUCAUUAUGAAUCUGGUUCUUUAUAGUUGGUUUUUGCUUCAAAUGUUGUAAGAAGAUUCCCCAAUCUGAGGUUAUAAUCUUCACUUGAGAAGUAUAAUCUUGGUGCUUAAAUUUGCUAGUUGCUGCAAAUUUUGUAGUCAGUCAGUCCCUUCGGUGGUUAAAAAUGUGACUGAUUGGAAAGUUUGACAUACACUUGGCCGUUGCAACAUUUCAUCAGCUGAGAAUGUACUUGCUUGGUGAUAGUAUUUUCUUAGAGCAAGAACUGUCUAACGAAACAGUUUACCGUCUCCCCUGCUGUUAUAUAUGCUUCUUCAUCAAAAUAAUCACUAUUCCACCACCAAAC